ACAUCCUAGUCGUCCGUCGGUGUCACAUCCUAAUCGCCAUCGAUCGCCAUUGCGCCAUGCUACCAGCUGGAUAUGGGCAUGAUAUAAAAUUGGCUGAGGCGUCGAUGACUUAUCUUCCCCUUCUGCAUACGGGACGAUUAUUUUGACACACGAGCAAAAUGUCUCAUCGAGCCGUCGUUAAGCACCUUCCCGCCGGCACCUGUCUUGGUGCAGGGGCAUUCGGGAGCGUCCAUAUCGAGCACGUCGGAGGUGUCCAGAUGGCUGUGAAAAGGGUCAACGGGGCCGUACGGUCAAGCACAAGGGCGUACGCUCGUCGCGAAGCGGCUCUGCUACAACGGUUGCGCCACGACAACAUCGUGGCCUUCCAUCAUUUCGAGGAACGCGAGACUCUCUCUCUCCUGUCGAUGGAAUAUUGCGCCGCAGGCGACCUGCACAGCUACAUCCAUGAUGUACCAGACGAGCACAAGCGCUCCUCGGACUUGUGUCGAAUGGCUGCUGAGCUUUUAUGCGCUGUGCACCACUGUCAUUACGGUAUGGGUCCCCACUACCUGCUGCACGGCGAUAUCAAGCCGUCGAAUGUGUUGAUCGCAGCAGACGGCACCGUGAAAUUAGCCGACUUUGGCCUGUCGAGGCUGAAGAUUGGCGGCCACCUGGAACGAUGGAACUUCGUCGGCACGCCAGGCUACACAGCUCCAGAGAUCCUCCGGCGUUUGCCUUAUGGACCAGCCAGCGACGUUUGGUCUUUCGGUUGUACCUUGAUGCUUUUCCAAGAGGUGCCGGCUCUGUCGACGCGGACAAAACAAGGUCUGCUCAAAGAUCCCUUCUACAAAGAGGCUCUGGCCUUGUUGUCUUCGGACUGCACUGAUUUGAUUGAGUCAGCUACAAGAGCACACGUAGGUCGCUCGAUAGCAUGCAUGGCAGGACCGAACAAACCUUUCUGACACCCCGACCACUUCCGAUCAGGCGAGUGAGCGGCCGACGACCGCCGCACUACUGGCUCAGUCUCACAUUCUGGUAUGGUUGAAGAAUUCCGUUGCUUCGGCAGGUGUCGUUCAAGGUGGCGGGCGUUCUUUCGAGCGACGAGGCGGCCACAUCGAGCUACGCGA